AUGGUAAAUUGCAUUGUACUUUUUUUAAAAUCAUGUUUUUGUAUGGAUGUUAAAAAUAAUACUUUGAGAUUUAAUAAUAAUAACAAUAAUUGCAUUGAUAAAAGUAUUGAUUCAAUACAUCAGAUAAAGUCAACUUUAAAAAAACCAAAUAUUACAAAUUUCAUAGGUCUGAGUAAUAUUAAAACAACAAACGACAGAAAAAAGCCAAUUGCAAGAAACAAAAAGAAAGUUACUUUUUUAGAUGAAUUAAAUGCUGAAUUAAUAAAUCAAGAUACUAAAGAAAAUAUGAAAAAUCCACUUAAAAAAAGCAAAAAGAAAGUCACUUUCUCAGAUGAAUGUAGUGUUAAAAUAUUUUAUAUAAAUAAUAAUAAAGAGGAUAAUGAUGACACUAAAGAUAAUACUAUUUUCAGUAUAAAAAUUAAAAACCUUAACCUUAAACAAAAUAAAGCCCUUGAUUGUAGUACAGAUAAUUUUGAUGUAAAACAAAUGACUACUAAUGAAGUCAUUUCAAAGUCUUGUUUAAUAAAAAAUAAGUUAGAAGGUCAACAAACCUCAAAAGAUAAAUUGACACUUGAAAUUGCUAACUCUUCAACAAUACCAAGUCUUAAUAUGAAAAACAGAUACAAAUGUCCUUUUUUAAACGAAUCUCAAUUUUAUAACUUGUUUAAUGAUAAUUUUUAUAAAUUUGUUAAAGAUUGCCCACUUCUUCUUCAUUUAAUUUUUAUAGCUGAAAAAAAUUAUUUUUUCAUUGACAAAGAAUUUGGGCGAAUAGUCAACAAAAUAUUUGAAUCUGCCAUUUUGUAUGUGAAGUCUCAUAAAAGUGAAGAUUUAACAAAUGCAAGUAAUAAAAUGAUGUCUAAGAUUUUGUGUGCUUUACGCAUUUUCAAUACACAAAAUUUUACAAAUUCAAGUUUAAACGAAAAAAAGAAUGAAACUUUUAUUAAUUUUGCUGGAUCCUUUGAACUUCGAAAAAGCCUAGAAAUUAUCACUACGAAGUUGCUUUAUAACGAAAUAUUUCAAGGAUAUAAUUUGACAUAUUUUCUUACUAUCUACUAUGGAAAAAGAUUUACUUUUGAUGAUCAAAAUUUGCCAUCAACUUCAGAUCUAAACAUUUUUAUUAAUGAUCACUUAUUUUUAUGUAAAACUAUAUUUCUUUAUUUAUUAAAUCCUUGCAGUUUUGAUAAAGAUAUGAUUGUGCACCUAAAAAAACAACAACAAGUAUUUUAUAUGAAGAAGAAAAGACACCCUUCAUUAGCGCGCUAUUAUCUUAACAUAGAUAAUCUUAUCGAAUUAUUUAAAUAA